AUGAUCACGUUGUUAAGUGGCAUAACAGUAAUUGAAUCCGCAAGCUCUACACUUAAUUUCAGGGACUGUUACGCAAAAAGACAAGCAAAGAAGAAUGUUAGCAAACUGAACAGUGCUUUCGAAAUGCCGAAUUACGGUACUUGUAUAGAAUCCAAGCAAAAUGAGAUAAGUAAGAGUUAUGAAAUCCAUAGUGCUGUGAAGACAAAGGCUGCUGAAGAAAAUGAACGAAAUAAUUCAAAUUCAGGAGAAAUAGCAGUUAUGGAUGCAUACCGAAUGAGACGAAUGUUCGAAUGCGAUCCAUCACAGUUGCCAGCUGAAGAAGCACCAUUAUCAACACAAACUUCUACUGACCUACUCGUAAUAUAUGCUUCAAAAUCCCUCAAUGAACCCAAAUCACAAAUAUGUGGUCCACAACCAAAGAAAACUAUUCACCAAUCAAGAAAUGUAGAAGAAAAAAAGAACUCUACCCUCUCAGAAAAAGUUAACAAAAUAUCUCAAGAAAAUAAAAAUACUGUUGAAGUACCUCAAAAAUAUGCCAAUAUAUUGGCGAAAAAUGAAGAAACUACCAAAGGAUCUUCGAAUUACAAUUCAAAUUCAACAACCUAUUUCUAUGAGCCAAAAAACGAAUUUUUUGAACAGCAGAAAUUGCCGACAUCAAUCUCUAAUCAACUAAUGGCAACAUGUAACCAACCUGAAACCAUUCCUGAACUUAUGGUUUUAAAUUUGAAAGGACCGAAGAUUGAUGAACACUUAGAAACAACCUGGAAUCAACCUGCAUUAAGAAAUGAAUCAACUUGGGUGACUGAUAAAGAAUUGCGAGAUAAAUCUUACAGCUUAGCAAGUUUUUCUGAAUUAUCGUUCGAUGCAGCGAAUCCUUAUAGUGAAGAAACAAUAAAUUUGGAAUUAUGUCAAUCAAAUCAAGAAACUAAACGUCACACUCUAAAAGAUCAGUUAGAUUAUCAUCAAGAACCAGAAUCCUCAGACUGUUUUGCAAAAGAUGACAAACCUAUUCAUUUCAUCCAAGAAUCGCGAACAAUCCAUCAAAUCGAUAACUGGUCCAGCGAAAGUGAUUAUGAAGAAGAUGUAUACCAUAGAUUAUCAGAAGCCGAGGAAGAGGGAGAAACAGAGAGGAGUCCUGAGUUUGUUGCUGUAAGCUGCACAGAAAAAGUCAAAGAUUUCAUGGAAGACCCUGCAAUUUCUCAAAAUGAGAAGAAUUUUGGAAUAAAUUUGGAUAUGCAAUCUUUUGUUCGUCCAAAACAAUUCAAAGUUUGCGUUGGUGAGCCAUGUUACAAACAACAGGAAUCACCAUUACCAUCGAAUUCGUUGAAUAUGAGUUCUACUUCCGAUAACCUUACGCCAGAAGAGUUUGUUAGUUUCGCACCUAUAGAUGAUUUGAAGUGA